UCACAAAAAUAAAUUGCUUCAAUUUGUGAAUAAUUUUUACGAAUUUUUAUAACACAAUAAAAAAUGUUGUAAUUAAUUUCUCUAUUCAGCAGCCAAGUGCUUAUAUGUACAUUGUUUCUUGCAAAUGUAUGCAAAUAAUCUUGUAAUUACUUUUAAAUAAACACUCUUGAAAAAUCGUAUCAAAAUGUAAAUAUGUAUGUCUCUACAGCGCAUUAGUAAUGUACUUAGAUUAACAAGUAAUACUUGCAAAAUAGGUUGUGUUAACUCUGAAAAUCGUUUGUAGUUAAGCUGAAUUACUUGAAGUUAGAAUAGAAAUUUACUGGACAAGUGAACAGUAAAGAUCGCGCUCUUAUUAGAAAAAUGGAAUUGAGUUCGUUGUUUUUAAACUCGUGGUUGGUAAAAAAUUGGAAAAUUGCCUUGGCCGCGCUAUUAGUAAUAGCUUUUGUAAAUUUUGUGCGCUAUAUAAGUAAAUUGCAAAGGUAUACGAAAAUAUAUAAAUUUAGUAAACACAGGAAAACAUUGUUGGACGGCGAAGAAUAUGCGGGUGCUGAUUUUAAUAGCAAAGGAAAUAAAAGGGCACAUGAUGACACUACCCCUAACAACAGCUAUGUGCCAGCACUAAAAGUAGAGAAACAUGUUCCAUUUAAUGGGGUAACAGUGACUAUUUCUGGCGAUCCAAAAAAUUCCGCACCUUACUUAAUUUUGGUUUUCAAGCAAAUAUAUGGUUAUUUACCAAAUGGCGAGCGUAAACAACAUUACCACAAUGAGAUGUCGGUAGCAAUAGCCACAGGGAUUUUACUAUGCGCAUUACAGUCGGCUGGUUUGAAUUCAUUGGUUACUACUCCCUUGAAUUGCGGAUUUGUCCUCCGUAAGUUGCUCGCUAGACCGGAAAACGAAAAGCUGCUCUUGCUACUACCUGUAGGCUAUGCCGCCGAUGACUGUGUCGUGCCAGAUUUGAAACGAAAAGCUCUUGAAGAAAUAAUGCAUCUAUACUAACACAUUUACAUAGAAAUAUAUUAAAUAAUAUUGAAUAGAAAAAAAUAAUGGGUAAAUGAAAAAUUAUUAUAACUUUGAAAAGU